UACUCUGCUGUCUUCUGGUCAACAUGCAAAGCAGGCUGGGGGCAGGGACCACAUUGUAAACAAAGGGCUUUAAAAUCCAGCUCAAUACACAUUCAGCCAUUACAGCAGAGUGGAUGGUACUGAUUUAUUUAAUACAACAGCAGCAAGAAUGGUACUAGAGAACUCUGAGCACUGCUUCAUCACUGAGGCUAAAGUUUCUAAAGAUAAUGUGGAGACUCCAUACGGUAUCGUGCAGUGCACCAUGCAUGGUAUUGCUAGGGGAAACCGACCUGUCAUCCUGACCUACCAUGACAUCGGACUAAACCAUAAGACCUGCUUCAGCAAUUUGUUCACCCAUGAGGACAUGCUGGAAAUCACACAGUAUUUCUCUGUGUGCCACAUCAAUGCACCAGGGCAACAGGAAGAUGCUAGCACUAUCCCCACAGGAUCCACCUACCCCUCAAUGGACCAGCUCUCUGAGACUAUCCCUAUUGUUCUCCAGCAUUAUGAUAUUACGAGCAUUAUUGGAAUGGCAGUUGGGGCUGGAGCCUACAUCCUUGCACAGUUUGCUCUGAACCAUCCUGAACUGGUUGAGGGUCUUGUUCUGAUCAACAUUGAUGCUCAGGCAGAAGACUGGAUGGACUGGGCAGCACAUAAGAUCUCUGGCUGGACACAUAAUGUUCUUAAUAUGAUCAUCACCCACCUGUUUGGAAAUGAGGAAAUUCACAACAACCAUGACCUGAUAGCAACCUUUCGGCAUCACAUCCUAAACAACAUUAACCAGAGAAACUUGGAGCUGUUUGUCAAGUCCUAUAACAGUCGAAGGAAUCUGGAUGUUGAGAGACCUCCUCCAGGUGGAAACCUCAAUGUGAAAACCCUGAAGUGCCCAACUCUUCUGGUUGUAGGAGAUAGCUCUCCUGCUGUUGAUGCUGUGGUUGACUUCAAUUCAAGAAUGAAUCCAACAAAAACCACCCUACUUAAGAUGGCUGACUGCGGAGGCCUUCCUCAGGUUGAUCAGCCCGCCAAGCUAGCAGAGGCCUUUAAGUACUUCAUUCAGGGACUGGGAUAUAUUCCCACAGUUAGCAUGACCCGCCUGUCACGCUCCCGCACUGUCUCUGGCAGCAGCAUCUCCGCUCUCGAGGCUGUUCAGAGUCACAAUUCCACUGGAGAGGAGCAGCAUGGACACCGUCACACCAGCAUAUCUAUAGACAAUGACUCUGACAGCAGCACAGAGCUGAGAUUAUUGGGAACAACACAACCAAGUCAGGUGUACUGCUGAAGGCAUCACUGUUAGUACAUUUACAUACAUCCUUCAUGAAAAACCUGAUUAUAUCAACCAUUUCCUCAUCCUUCAUUCUCAGUUUCACUCGGCUUCAAAUGACCUAGGCUAUAAAUUAUGUGAUGAUUGCAGUUUUGUAAGCAGAGACUGCAUUAUACAAGCAGUUUUAUUUAUUUUGCUUAUGGAUUCUAUCUAUUUUAAAUGGAUGAAUGUGUUUUUGUUAGGUGUGUAUUAUACUUUUUAUGAAUGCAAAAAGCAGGAGAACCAAUCUUUUUUUACAAUUUGCAACCCAUAUAACCAAAAACAAAUGCUUUCAUAGCGAACAAUAUGAACGAAAAAUCUCAAUGGACUGUUCAGAAAUUCAGUUAUAUUUGUAAUCAAAUUGUCAACAUUUGCAGAAAAUUGGUCACAUGAAGGUUACAUAAAGCCCAAUUACAUAUGCACAUAAGCCUGUAUUGUUUCAAUGUUGUAUAAAGAUCUUUCUC